UGUUCAGUAACAAAAAUCUAUAUAUUUUUUUAAUUUGCACAUGGGAUUUAUCUUGCGUCUUUUGAUAGCCAAACAACUAUAUCCUAAAGCAACGUUAUUUGAUUCAUUCAGAUUGAUGAAACAAUAAUCUAUAAAGGGAACAAGAAUACAAGAAAAUGUGUGGAUUUCACAUUACCAAGAAGUGCUACUUAACAGUUGUAAAGCUGAUGGUUGGCUUUCUUCUUCUGAUGCCCCAAGGCCUUUCACUGGUUUGCCCUUCUGUUUGCCAGCGUUGUACAAAGACUCUGGUGGAGUGCUGCAAUUUAGGUUUAACUUCCAUUCCUCAGAAUCUUAUGAAAACUACUUCUUCAAUUUACCUGAGCAGAAAUAAUAUUUCCAGUAUAAUUUCUAAGGAUUUAGAAGGAUUUAAUAGAUUGUCUGCACUUUAUCUUGAUAAUAAUGGUCUGUUCUCGAUACAUCCUCAAGCUUUUGUAAGCCUCAUCAACUUGUAUUACCUACGAUUGAAUAAUAACCAGAUAAAAACAUUCAGUCACGGGAUCUUUGAAGGCCUUUCAAAACUUCGAUAUUUGCACCUUCAACACAAUCAGAUUCUUUCCAUUCCAGGAGGAUUGUUUUCUGGUUUGACUGCCCUUCAAUAUUUGCGACUAGAAGGAAAUUUUCUUAGCUUGGUCAGUAGUGGAAUGUUUUCAGGCUUGAUGAGUCUUCGCACUCUUGAUCUUGCUAACAAUAGAAUUUCGUGGAUAUCCAAUUCUUCAUUCAGACAGCUCACAAGACUGGAGUUUCUCAAUCUACAGAGUAACUACUUGGCAUGGAUCCCAUCAAAUGCAUUUGUUCAACUUAAGGUCCUUAAGAGGCUCAUCUUAUCCAAUAACCCAAUUGAGCUGAUUCAUCCUUUGUCAUUCAGUGGACUAGAAAAUCUCAAAUAUCUUUACCUCAGUAAUGCCAAAAUAAAAGCUAUCCCCAAAGAUGGAUUUGCUGCACUGAACAAUUUAAGGCAUUUAGCUCUAAAUAACAAUGGUAUUACUCAUAUCAAUUCUAAUGCAUUUAAAGUACUGAAUUUAGGGUAUUUGCAGCUAGACCAUAACAAUAUAUCCUUUAUUGAGUCAGAUGCUUUUGAAGGAAUGGCGAAAACUUUAAAAGUCCUACGUUUGGCCAACAACCAUCUUACAAAUUUGUUUCCUGAGGUCCUGAUGCCACUGGGUUCUCUAGUUCAUUUAAUGGUAAAUGGUAAUCCUUGGGAAUGCAACUGUAACAUGCUCAAUUUGCGUAAUUGGCUUUUGUCAUCUUCACUUAGGUUAAACAUUCGUUGUCAGAGUCCAUCCCAAUUGCAUGGUAAAUCUUUGUAUUAUGUCAGAAUAAGUGAGAUUAGUGGAUGUAAUAUCACGGUACCUUUGGGGUUAAAUACUGAAAUGAGAUCCCCAGCCACUCGUGCAGUCUUGACUUCAGUGAAAACAGAUCACCCAAGUCUUUAUUUCAAGCUGGAGCACAAUUCUGUAACUAAGGAAAACUUAGGCAGGACAGCAUUUGCAGCAAAAGAUGGUGAACAGUUCAUAAGUAUGCUUCCAGUGCAGCUGCCGGUUGAAUAUACACCCAUAAAUUUCACCACAUUAACAGAUUCAGAUAUAGCAACUAUUUCAAUCAAGCCUUUAUUAAUCUGUAAUCAAAAUUUAUCAAAGUUGAACCAAACCUUUGAUAUACUCUUGGUCUUUUUCAUCUUGGCAUGUACAGCAGUUUUACUUCUGACAUUUAAAGUUCAUCUUUUGCGGCAGAAGCUUAAGGAUUUAGAGGCUGAAGGAAACAAUGCUGUAGAGUACUACAGUGUAUAUCCAUUUGCACGGUAUCAUGUGACAGAUCCAGUGCAGGCAAUACUUCCAGAACCUGUGACAAGUCCAGAAGUGGAUCAAGCAACUACAACAAAGAUAGCAUCCCCUACUAAUCAAGCACAGGUUAUUUUAUUUGAGCACUCUGUUUUAUGA